AUGUCCCAGGACGUUCGGGAAGAGACACCGGAGUUGAUUCCGAACGACGGGAGUGAUCACACAGACAGUGAAGUCGAUUCCCCCACAGAGAUUGAAGUCAGUUCACCCACCGUUUUUGUGGUCGAUUCCCCUGAUGCUUUUGACUAUAUGAUUGGAGGUGUUUCAAACAGGGAGGUCGAGGAGCUGACCAACCGUGGGGAUGAAAGGGUACUCAGAGCGUAUUAUCAGAGGCUAGUGGACGUCGCAUCAAUACUCAAUGUUGAAUUACCUCCAGAGGAGCCUGUGACGCCCAAUCGAUUCCUCGCCUUGCCCGAGACGGCCGUUGAUCAACAAAUCAUUGAUUUAGAAGUGGAGUGCGCCAUCUGCCUCAGCCCUCCGGAGAUCGGUAAAAGGAUCACUACCCUGCCUUGUGGACAUUUGUUCCAUUAUCUUUGUAUUGAACGGUGGCUUACUCGAAGUCCCACUUGUCCACUUUGCAGGAAGGAAGUCUUUCCCUCGGACCAGCGCGGUUCAACUACCGGAAAUGGCAAUUCUCCUCAUCGUCCAGAUAGACGACCGGAGCGACAUGUUCAUUGGGCGAUAUAG